AAAAGGCUUCAAACAUUUAUUGGUGAAGAAGAAGAUAAUAGAAAAUACCAAACCAAAGAAAGCCAGUUGAAGUGGGUAAUGCUACAGUGACAGUCACAGACUCACCGCAAGCAGAAGCAGAAGCCAUAGCCAUAGCCAUGGCGUCCUCCAUCUCCCUCCCCACUCCGCAUCUCAAAUCCACCUUCCUCGGCCAAAACCGCCGCCGCUUCCUUCCCCACCGCCGAUUCCCCCUUCCCCAGCGAGCCUCAUCGAGCCAUCGCGUUUUCCGGCCCGCCGCCGAGUUCGAUUUGGGUCAGCUUCUCGGCGGGAGAGGCCUCUGCAAUGGCGAGCGAGGUCUGAGAGAGGAGCUGAAGAGAGACGUUGCGGAGAUUCCGGCGGAAAUAGGGGGUGAAAUUCCUGAAAUCCCCGAGAAAUCGGCCGCCGCUGGGGUUUCGGAAGAUGGAUUCGAGAAGGAAUUGAUGGGCCUAACCGGCGGAUUUCCCGGCGGAGAGAAGGGAUUGCGGAAAUUCAUAUCGGAAAAUCCUCCUCCUCCUCCGACUCCGAAAGCGAAACCGCCCGCUUCAAAUUCCGGCGAAAUCGGUGCGAUUAUGAGUUCGCAGAAGCCGAAGCCGCCGGAUCUGCCGCUGCUGCUGCCGGGAAUGAUCGCGAUUGUGAAGAAUCCGAACAAUCCGUACUACAUGUACUGCGGAAUUGUUCAGAGAAUCACAGAUGGAAAGGCAGGGGUUCUUUUCGAAGGGGGAAAUUGGGAUCGAUUGAUCACGUUCAGGCUGGAUGAACUCGAACGAAGAGAAAAAGGACCUCCAAUGAAGAACCCUAGAUCGGCUGUUCUAGAACCGCUUCUUCAAAAGGAUUCUCAAUGAAUUCCGAUCGGUGGUGCUGAAUUUUCUCUGCAGUUUUCUGUUUGUUUCCCGGCUCGGAAAAGAAAAUGUGUGAAUAUUCAUUCCCAAUCUCAGAAUUAAACAGGUUGAUUUUUAUGAUUCGUGUUGCUUUAAAGUUUAACGAGUGAUUUAUUAGAGAUAGAAUUGAUCAAAUGAUAGAACAUGGAGUGUGAGAAAUCAA